ACAGGGUGUGGUGACAUUGUAAAAAAACCCAAACUAGAUACCCACUAUGCGCGAUGUCAUGCCCCCGUCGAUUGUAUAGACUGUUCAACCACGUUCAGUGCGCCAGCAGAAUUCAAAAGCCACACUUCGUGUAUCACGGAGGGGGAGAAAUACCAGAAGGGCCUGUACAAGGGUCCUAAGGCGGUACGUUUUCACUUCAUCUGGCGACGAGAUUUAAUGUGA